AUGCCAAAUAUCCAAGACCCAUUAUUGGGAAAAGCUUUUCAAGUAAAAAAUAAUCAUAACAUUGUAAAUUCCUUAUUGGUUUCAUUUGGUACAUUAUUAAUUUAUAUUGUUUAUUAUUUCAGUUCGGAUCAAUUUAAUUUAAGUGAAUUAACACAUGAUGGAAUAAUUAAACAAUAUAUUUAUUAUGGUAUGCUUUUAACUGCUUGUUUUAUUUCACCAAUUACAGUAUCAUUGUUGAGUGAAAAAAUUACAAUGGUUUUAUCAAGUUUGGUAAUCACAAUAAUUUUCAUUUUAAAUUAUUUUAAAAUUACUUUAUUUUCAAUGAUCAUUAAAAUAAUUUCAAUAUUUACAAUUGAAAUUUUAUGGACAGCUGUUGGUGCUUUUUUAAUAGUUCUUUCAACUAGAUCAAACAUUAGUUUAAAUUUUGGUAUUUUUUUUAGUAUAUUCGGAUUAUAUUUAGGAUUUUAUUCAAUUUAUUUAAAUUUAACAACCGAUUUAUUAUAUUUUACAAUAUUUUCAAUUUUUAUUGGUUUAGCAAUAAUUUUAUAUUUUAUGUUGGAUGGUAAAAAUAAUCAAGAGAUUCAAGAGAUUGAAAUUGAAAAUAAUAAUGGUAGUGGAAUAUUAACAUCGAUUAAUAUUAUUGGUAAUGCAAGAUUUUAUUAUGUUAUACCAUCAUUGUUUUAUAUUGGAUUUAGUAAUUUCUUUUUAAAAUUAGUUUUAGAAUUAAUUAGUUUAAAAGCAACUACAACAAAUACUCAACCAAUUAAUUAUUAUAAUUUAAUUGAAGUUUAUUCGAUUUCAUUCUCAUUGAUAUCAUUUAUUUGGGGGUGCAUGAUAUUAUAUAAAAAUAAGACAAAUGCAACUGUGAAUGAAAAUCCAAUUAUAGUAGUAUCAAUAAUUGGUGCAUUUGGUAUUAUUGCAUCUUUAAUUUGUUUAGUGAUUUCUUAUAAUCAAGACAAAUAUAUUUAUGGUAGUAAUUGUUCAAUUUAUUUAUCAAUAAUUUUAUUUUCAUUGGUUGAUUCAAUUUUUUCAAUUCAAAUUUAUACUUCACUUGGUACUUUAUUUGAAAAUAAAGCUUUAUCAAUUAUUGCUUCAAUUAGAAUAAUUCAAUAUAUAGGUUCUUUAUUUGCAUAUACUUUGGUUACUUGGAUUUCUGCUUCAUUUGUUGUUGGUUUCUAUUUAUUAGCAUCUUUAUUAUUAUUAUCUUGUUUUACACUUUAUACUCAUUUAUAUAAUAAUAAUGAUAAUUAA